AUGCACUCAGAGUUCACAGGAAACAAGCAAAUACAGUACUGGCCACUGCUGCUUUGCCCGUGUCCAGCUGUCCUGCAAGCAGAUGGACAUCGCCCUGUUCUGGAAGAGGUACCAGACUGGAACGCUGUAGAGCUGCUGCUCAACAGGGAACUAUUUCUCUGCAACAUCAACGACCUGGAUUUUGGAGGUGAUAGCAAGUUAGAUCCACUUUGCAAAGAAGCCUGAAAAGCAGUGUUAAAUGCUUACUGA